AUGGCGGAUAAUGUGGAUCCUGCAUUCAGUAAAGUUUACGAUGUUUGUGGGUUUAAAAGUCUCAAUGAGUAUCAGAAAAACGCCCUGAAAUACGUUAUUGAGAAGAAGAAAGAGUUUUUAGACGAGUUCAACGGCAAAUCAUUUUUUCUCGACGAUACAUGGGAAACGUCGCAUACCCUUGAACUUUAUACCGAUGCAGCUGGCUCAGUAGGCUUCGGGGCUGUCUUUGUUAUCUCACCGGAUAUUGAUGAUGGAUUUGAGGAAGAAGAUGACUUGUUGGAAGAGGUUGCAGUAAAACUUUUUGAUGCUUGGAUCAACCAGAAUUCAAACGAAUCAUCCCGUUCUGGUACAAACACGACCCAGCAAGAAAAGAUGAAAGAGGUUUUUCUCGCAUCCACUGCCUUGGAGCAAUUCAUGUUGAAAUUUGCACAGUAUCACCUUAAUCCCACAACACCUCAGAUCCAGUUUAACACGACACAUGCUGAUUUGCAACUCAGGAAAAUUUUUUAUCAAAAUGAGAGCGAAUUUCUUCUCCAAGAAACCAAAGGACAGAACUUUGUUCAAAUCCCUGCAGAAAACUUCCUCAACGGUUCAGUGGUGGUGGGAGUGAUGUACAAAGAUCUUCAUCAAAUCUUUCUAACAAACCACUCUGAUACCCAAAACAAAAACAAAACCAGACAUCUUAACACUAUCAUAAUGUCUGCUAGAAUAACCCCUCCGCCAGUGACGCUGAAAGAAAAUAUUACCUUGACUUUCAGGAACUUAGAGGUAAAGGCUGCGACGUUAAAAAGAGAUUGCGUCUCUUUAAUCAUGUCAGAAAACAACCCCUUAGGUUGGUCAGAGGAAGGAUGUCGUGUAAAGUCGAUGGACAACUCACAAACAGAAUGCAGCUGUAGUCAUUUGACCCAUUUCGCUGUUCUGAUGCAGUUUGAUGCCGAUUGUGAAGAUCACACCAUAUCUCAGACAGACCAUAAGGCUCUGGAAAUUCUGGCAUACCUGGGUCUGGCCCUUUCUUUGAUUGGAAUCGGCCUAACAAUUCUCGGCUACGUUUUUCUCACAGAUAUGGAGGGACCUUUAUCACAGAUCCGAGUGAGUCUUGUGGCUUCCCUUGGUGCAGGGCAAAUUGUAUUUCUUGCUGGAAUUGGUGCAACUGAAAACAAGGUAAAACGUGUGAAGGGAGCAUGUAUUACAGUAGCAGCUCUUGUGCAGUACUUCCUCAUGGCCGCUUUCUGUUGGAUGCUCGUCGAGGGAAUCUACCUUUACUUGUUUAUUGUUCAAGUUUACAACGUUAGUAACAAGCUGAAAAUUUGCCACGCUGUGUCAUGGGGUUUCCCUGCCCUCGUUGUGGCCUUAUCACUGAGUAUCGCGGCAGGAAAAGAUGGGGUCGAGACUUUUGUCAGCGAGGAAUACUGCUGGAUGUCUUCUGCUAACAAUCUGAUCUGGAUAUUUAUCGUGUUUGUUGUGCUGAUUGAACUGUCGAACGUACUGAUCCUCGCUCGAGUUGUCAAGGAGAUGACAAGCAUGCAACAAGCCAAGGAUAGCAAGACGGAACAAAUAAGACUCGGUAUAAAAGCUUGUGUGUUACUGGUUCCGCUGUUGGGGUUUACGUGGUUGUUUGGUCUUCUGUCGCCACUUCAUAAAGCAUUCGCCUACAUUUUCACGAUCUUCAACACAACUCAGGGUUUCUUUAUUUUUCUUCUUCACUGUGUAAGAAACACCGAGAUCAGGGAUCGCUUCAAAAGAAAGAUCCAUGGGAUUUUUCCAGUUAUUGAUGAUAGGGCCAGUUCUAAAAGAAGCUCUGGGAUAAAAUAUAGUGCAAUCGGAAACGCCUCGUUGAAGAAGAUUGAAGUUAAAUCGUCUAACAAAAACAGCAAGUUAGAUGAUAGUACAAGCGGAAACGCUUCGCUAAAGAAGAUUGAAGUUAAACCGUUUAACAGAAACAGCAAGUUAGAUGAUUGUACAGGCAGUAAUGCCUCGCUAAAGAAGAUUGAAGUUAAUCCGUCUAACAGAAACAGCAAGUUAGAUGAUAGUACGGAUGGUAAUGCCUGGCUAAAGAAUAUUGAAGUUAAUCCGUCUAACAGAAACACCAAGUUAGAUGAUAGUACAGGUGUUAAACCGUUUAACAGAAAGAGCAAGUUACAUGAUAGUACAAGUGGUAAUGCCUCGCUAAAGAAGGUUGAAGUUAAUCCGUCUAUCAGAAACAGCAAGUUAGAUGAUAGGGAAGGUGUAAUGCUUCGCUAA